AUGAUCACCUCGCACAUCCAGGACCUCCAUCUGGGACCAAUUCUUGUCAUAGUGGCCAUUGUGCUCUUCCUAUACUUGUUAUAUAACAAGUACUGCUAUGGGCUGAAUCACAUUCCUGGGCCACUGCUCGCAUGCUGCACAGACUUGUGGAGACUGCGGCAAGCCAAAAAUCGAAGACCUGAGUUGGCACAUAUGAUGUUGCAUGAAAAGCAUGGUUCUCUGGUCAGGAUUGGACCUAAUUCAGUGUCGGUGUCAGACCCUGCAGCCAUACCCAUCAUUUAUGCUCUGAACAGUGGCUUCGUCAAGUCAGACUUCUACGCUGUGCAGCAAACGCUGUCCAAAGGAACUCGGCUAUUCACUUUAUUUACGUCCUUGGACGAGCGAUUCCACGCAAGGCUUCGACGCGCCGUCUCAAAUGCGUACGCCAUGAGUACCCUCGUUCAAUUCGAGAAGUAUAUCGAUUCUACAACCAUCGCGUUCUUGGAUCAGAUGAAAGCUCGAUUUGCGGAUAAACCACAGUCUAGAUGCAACCUGUCCGCCUGGUUACAAUGGUAUGCUUUUGAUGUCAUCGGUGAGCUCACGUUUUCCAAGCGGCUUGGCUUCAUCGACGGUGGAGAAGAUGUAGAAGGAGUGAUACAAAGCAUCGAGAAUAUGUUCGAUUACGCCGCCGUGGUUGGACAAAUCCCAUUUCUGGACAACAUUUUCCUCAAAAAUCCCGUCCGCAUUAUGCUCAGCAAGUACGGCUUGAUCAAUGCCAACACUUUCAUGGUCGAUUUUGCUCGGAAGCGCCUAGCUGAACGUGCAGAUCUGCAGAAUACUGAUACAGAGGAAGCGAUGAAAAGGAGGUCAUACGUGCGCAACGAUUUUCUCUCACGGUUUCUCAGUGCGCAGGAGAAGGACCCUGACUUCAUCACCAGUGAUAGGGUGCUAGCUCUUACAGUUGCAAAUAUCUUCGCCGGGUCCGACACAACGGCAAUCUCUCUGAGAGCCGUAUUUUACUUCCUCCUAAAGAACCCAUCCACCAUGCAAGAACUCAUGGCCGAAUUGUGGGAGCAGAAAAGACUUGGCCACUUCAAACGCUCCGAUGGCCUGGUUGACUGGGACGAAGCUCGAGAUCUCCCCUACCUUGGUGCGGUCAUCAAAGAGGCUUUACGAUGUCAUCCUGCCGUGGGGUUGACAUUGGAACGCAUCGUACCACCUCAAGGCGUUGUAGUCUGUGGUCAAUUCAUCCCUGGAGGGACCAUCAUUGGUUGCAGCGCGUGGACAGUUCAUCGCGAUGCAAAGACAUUCGGAGAAUUUCCAGAGGAGUUCAGACCCUCUCGUUGGAUACAUGCCUCCAAAGAGCAGAAGCGCAUCAUGGACAACUCGCUAUUCGCGUUUGGAGCAGGGUCGCGAACUUGCAUUGGGAAAAAUAUCAGUCUUCUGGAAAUGUACAAGUUCAUCCCGUCGCUGCUGAUGGCUUUUGAGUUAUCUUUGGCAGACCCGUCUGGCGAGUGGACUCUUCACAAUGCCUGGUUCGUCAAACAGACAGAUUUUGAUGUUGAAUUGCGAUUGCGGAAAAGAGACGGAAUUGAAUUGAAUUAAACGCAUUGUUGUGGCAGUUCGGC